UUAGAUUUGAGUGUUGCACAGUAUUCAAUGUGACAUCGUUUUGUGUGGAUAUUUAAUUGGUGUUUCAUAGUAGCGUGCAGAAUAUAAACAACACAACUCAGGAAAUUUCAUUUCACAUAAAAUAAAUAACAUUGAAGAAUACGACGUCCAAAGAACACACCAAUAACACCAUAAAACGCUAUCAAAAAGUAUAUCGUACAGAGCUUUUAUGAAUUCAGUGUCCAAAAACCAAAUAGAUAAUAAUUUAAUAUAGAUUGAAAUCUGCGUUCGUGAGGAAAGCUGGUCUCAUUUCUAUCUGCUUGCCAAGACUAAAAAAAAUUGACGAAGAAAAAUUUACCAAAUUGGAACACGAACUUUAUCCAAUUUUGUAAAAAAAAAACGGGACUGUCACAAAACUGAAAAUAUGGUGCCACAAGAAUGAGAAUUUCCAACAAUUUUUGAGUUCAUAGGGGCUGUUGAUUAUUUAAUACUCUGGUUUUCUUCUUUUUCUCUGCAACAACAUUGUGCAUUUAUUGCCGUGACACAAACUGUGCUAGAUAUACAUUUUAAUACAUACAAUUUUUUAGUAAAAGUACAUCGAGAAUUGUACACAUAUUGUACUCCAUCGAAAUUGUGAUUAUUUGCCGAGAAAUUGUUUGUUGUGAGACAUAAAAUUUUGUGAUUAAUUGUGAUUCUUACUCAAGUAUAAAUUGGAAUAAUAUAAAAACAACAAAAAGAGAAACGGAUUACAUUUGAAUACGGGGCUUGAACCAAAUAGAUAAGGUUCAGUUUUACACAAAAAAAUAAAAAAAUGCCAUUCAUUUCGAAAGAUUGGCGAUCACCUGGCGAAGCUUGGGUUAAAACCGAUGAUGGAUGGGAAAAGUUAAAAGUGUUGGAAUGUGGUAAACGUAAGAGAUGCAGUAGUGAACCUUGUGAUACGAGUGAAAGUUGGUUGAAUGCAUCUAAUAGCCUUGGAGAUGACACUGAAACUGAAAUUCCUCCUCAUUGCCAUAUAACAAUUCGGUGUACACGUGAAAUAGCUGGUUUCAAUGGACUCGGCGAAGCAGUGAAACGUCUAGAUUUUCGUUCAUCGGUUCGUGAUCGGCGAAGGUUUCAAUAUGUCUGUUCACUACUUCGUUUACUUGUUUCAAACAAAGGGAUUGCCAGUUUGCCUGGAAGUGCACAGCGAAUGUUAUUACAAAUGCUCGAAGAAGUUGCCGCGCAUGUCAGCGAUAGUCAACAAAACAUCAACAUACUCAGAGGACUAGCGAUGCAAUUGCAAAAAAUUGUCAAUCAAGAAAAUCAAAAAUGUUGGGGAAAACCAUUGGGCAGCGAAAUUUUAUGGAAAGGUCAUGUCGAAACCAUUCAACGGAUACAAGAUAUGGCCACACAAAUCAAAAUCAAAGAGCCGGGUCCAGAUGUUUUUCCAAAAUUACAAGACUUACCAGAAGAGUGUGUUCGUGAAAUUAUUUUACGCAUCAAUGAUCAUCAAGAUUUGGAAGCUUCAUCGGCUGCCUGGACAAUUAUGGCGGCCCUCGCAUCGGAACAACGCGUUUGGCGUGAAUUGACUCAAUUCCAUUUCACCAAACAGCAAAUCGAUCAAUUUAUCCAGAAUCAAUUCACUACAAAUGCAAAUAAUGCCGAUAGAAACAACAGCAUCACAAAUAGCAGUAAUCAAAAUGCAAAUUCGAGCAAUACACGCAACGAUAUCAAUUCGAAUAGUAUGAAUAUUUUGGUGAAUAAUACAUCGAAGCGUCCAAAUAAUACUAAAGAUUGGCAGAAAAUAUAUCAUGCACUCAGAAGAAAAUAUGGAAUAAGAGAAGAUUAUCAGUAUUCAGAGAUUUUGGCUUUAUGCAGAUUUUGCUGCUGUUUAUUUUGGCCGUCUGCAGGUCAUCCAUGCAUCGCAGAUCAGUCGCCCGACUAUCGAGCUCGAUUGAAAGAGGCGGCCGGAGGCGAUAAUAUUAUUAAUGAAUUUCAACCAGUUUCUCCUUCGCAAUUUCUAAAAUAUUUUUCGCUGUAAAUAAUUGGAAAUAAUGGAUAUAAAGCAACUACAAAUCAUACUAUACAGUAUAAUAUUAUUGCGGCAUAGAAAAGAAAAUUUAAUUCGCUCUUUAUAUAUAGAUUAUGAUGCGUUUUUUUUACAUUUAAUGUUUAAUAAAUAUUAAAAAAAUUUAUUUCGAUUACUUUAGCUUUUUGUUUACACGCAAACGUAGAGCGAUCAUUAUACCAUUGAAAACAAGUCUAAAAUGAAAAAAUAUUGAAGAGAAUGAUUACAAACACGAAUUGUUAACCAUUAAAAAUUAUGUUUGUUAAAAAGGAUGUUGAAACAAAUUACAAAGUGAAAAUGAAAGUAGAAGAAAAGAGAAAAACAGAAAGAUUAUAUGAUAUUAGAUACGGAAAAGAUUUCAAAGGAAUAUCUUUUUAAAGAGAUGAACAAGAAAACACUGAAAAAAGAACUAUUUACUAUAUUUAGAUUAUUUAAUGGUAAGAAAUAAAAUUAAAGAUUCAUAUCGUUCAGAAAAAUACACUGAAUAAUUCACUCAUUUCUCGGUUUCGUCAAAUUUGAUCAUUUUUUGAAGCUAUCGAUUACCAAUGGUUUAACAUAAUUCUUAUUUUUUAUUUUCCACCUCAGUGGUAACAACUGUUUUUUUCUUAAUUUUACGAUAAAAAUAAUUACGUGUACUGCCAUCUUUUCAUGUCUUCCAGCAUCUGAAAAGAAAAGAAAGAACAAACGAACAUAAAAAUAC